AUGGACCCUGUUAGCAUUUCUGUCUCUGUGCUAGCCGUCAUUACAGCUGCCCUUCAAUCGGCAAACACGCUCAAGGAAACUGUCACGCGCUUUAAAGAGCGUAAUAAAACGCUAGGCAGGCUCCAGAAUGAGCUGGAGGAUCUUACUAAAAUCCUUGAUCUAUUACAAAAUGCGGUUGAGACCGAUGCAUCAGUACUAGCGCUUCUCGAAGGUCCUGUUGGUCGAUGCAGCCAAUUAUGCAGCGAGUUUGAAGACUCCAUUAAAGUCUUCGCGAACAAGUCAAAGACAGGCUUUCGAGAUUGGACAAGAAUGGAAUUUAUGAGAGGCGAUAUUAACGAGUUUAUCGAGACUCUUGCGGGAUAUAAAUCUACCAUUUCAGUUGGGCUAGGCACUAUUACAAUGCAUACAUCUAAAGUGUCCUACAAAGUCAUUGAAGAGUACAAUGAGAUGAUCAAGGACACUUCAUAUAGUCUCAAGGAGCACCUAAUGCGCAUUGACGAGAAAUUAGCUCAACUUACCAUCGAAAAUACCGAGUAUUCAGAUGGAAGCACAGACCUGGAAGACGAACGAACAGUCACUGAGCAAUGCCUCCGUAUCUGUGAAGAUGCAAGAUCUUAUAUCGAAUCGUUGACGAAACGACAAACAAUCCUACAUCAAGAUUCGCCUAGGAAUCUUCCCGAAGAAGAAGUCGGGCAACGGCAAUUCGAAGCGCAAAAUCUCACACGCCAAGCCCUGAAUGAGAAUCAGCAGCGGUUCGUGGAGAUCAUCGUGCACCUUCAGAAACGCCUAGAGGGCUUGAUUAUGAACGGGGACUCUGGAGACAGAAGUGAGCGAUUACGUUUACAGCAAGAUCUCGAUAUUUCGAAACAGUGUCUCGAAGUGUGCCAAGUAGCUAGCGAUAUUUCUAACCAGAAGAUAUUCAAAGUAGGCGAGGUGGUUGCUGAUGGUGAAAGCGACCAGGUAGUGGUGACAACUUUGGCGGAUCUAUUCGACGUCAGAAAGGCGCUCUCCACAGGAAACUCGGCACAGCUGGUUGGCUCAAUGACACCAGGGGAUCUUCAGCAUUUGGUUGAGAAGCGUUAUAGCAGUCGCUUUGGGGCGUUAAAUAGUGGUUCUGGCCAUACUGCAGCGGGUGCUCCGAAUCCGCAAUCCGUCUAUGAGGCUAGGAGGACGGCGAAUGCCUUUCCGCCGAGAAUCAGUUCUGAAGAGCAGUCUCCUGGGCCGAGCACGAAACCUAGUACACCGUCUCCCAACGAGGUGAGGAAACGUAUGAUGGGGGGUGCAAAAGACUAG